AUGAAAUAAUUUCUUAGAUACAGAUUUUCGACAGUCUUGGGAGUUGUGGGUGCUGGACAAAUGGGGACAGGCAUCGCCAUAGUUGGAAGUGCAGUAGCAGGAUUGAGAGUACGAGUGGUUGAUGUGAAUGAAUAAAGAUUGAAUGCAAGUCACAAUUUUGUGUCGAAAUGGUGCGACAAGGAAAUUCAAAAGAAUAGGAUGACAGAUCAAAUCAAAACAGAUGUUUUGUAGAGAUUCAGUUUUCAUUUGCAAAUGUCUGAUUUGGCAUCUUGUGAUUUUGUUGUUGAAGCAGCUCCUGAGAAAUUCGAAAUGAAGGCAGAAAUUUUCAGAUAGUUAGUCAAAGCAACAAAGCCUGAAACCAUAUUGGCUAGUAACACCUCCUCCAUCUCCAUAACAAAGUUGGCUGGAAUCACAGAUAGGCCUGAUCGUAUUAUUGGAAUGCAUUUCAUGAAUCCAGUGCCAGUCAUGAAAUUGAUCGAGGUCAUCAAGGGACUUUAGACUUCUCAAUAAACAUUGGACACUACCUUAGAGUUGGCAUCUAAAAUGAAGAAGGAAAUAGUGAUUGCCCAAGACAUUCCGGGAUUCAUUGCAAAUAGAAUUCUUAUGCCCUAUAUCAACGAGGCUAUCCAAACCUUACACGAAGGAAUUGGAACCGUGGAGGGAAUUGACAAAGCAAUGAAAUUAGGUACAAACGUCCCUAUGGGCCCGUUAACUUUGGCGGACUUCAUUGGUUUGGACACUUGCCUAGAAAUAAUGAGGGUGUUGCAUCAGGAUCUUGGGGAUUCCAAAUAUAGACCUUGUCCAUUGUUGGUCAAUUAUGUAAAUGCUGGUUGGUUGGGCAAAAAAUCGGGGAGAGGGUUUUAUAAAUAUUGA